AUGCGAGAGUACGAGCAGAACAGGAAAAACAAGCGACGAAGUGGCCCCGUAGCCUGGGCAGCUGCGAAUGCCAAGCUGAGCACUCAGACACUCUUCUGCGAUCUGAAGCGGCAUUCGGAAUCGGAGAUCCACCUGAAAGCCCUGGAGACUCUGAGCAAGGCCGCUGGUGGGGAAGGCAAGGAGCAGAAGUCGGCGCCAGAUGGGACGGUGCCGACCACGGCUCAGAUGCACCUGGCUAUAGAUCUGCUGAAGACCAGCACGAGAGCGGGCCAAGGGGCAUUGUUUGAAACAUCAUGUGCCAGACUUCGCAGGGCCGAUCCGACCAACUUCCCGGUGGGUCGUAGCACCCGCAGCACAUGGUCGCAGAUCAUACAAGCCGCUGCAGCCGUGGAACGUGACGUCGACCUGGAGCUGCUGACGCGAUGCAGGGCCAUCGGCUGGUCCGAGGACAACUCGGGAGAUGCUCGAGAAGUUCGAGUGAAGCUUGUCGAGGACGACUACACGAUUCAUCGCCGUCUGCUCUUCGUGGACGACCCGAAAGGACGAAAGGUUUCCUUGGACAAGGUCGACCUCGUCGAGGAGGCCUUGAAAAAGAUCGUGCCGUCCGAGGAGGAGCGAACUGCGAUCAAGGCCAAGGUGGUGUCCUUCACAGUGGACGGCGAGCCAGCUGAGGCUCUGGCCGGAAGACUGUUAAAGGCCUCUCUUCGGAGCGACCCAAGGGCAAACCACCUGGUGCAGGAGUUCGUGUUGAGAUUCGGUACUGACGAAAAGAAGGACUACGGGUCGCUGGCAAGAGCCCUGAAGAACUCCAGCACCCUCAAGAAUCACUUCAGCUCCUGUGUUCGAGAGGGUCUGCACUGCGUCUCCGAGCUGGCCGGUGCACUUCCCAGCCACACCUACGCCUUCCAGAGGUUUGACACCGUGUGUGAGUGCUUGAAGAAGACAGCGGCCUUCGUUCAGCCUCUCCGCACCUUCCUCAUGCGGGAGGCUGUGGGGACAGGUCGUGCCAGUGCAUGGGCAAGCAAGCUGCUCAAGGUGCUCUCGGAGCCCAACAUGGCCUUGAUGGCAUUGCUUGCAGAAUUCUCGGAUGUCGUCAGACCGUUCGUGCACCAGUACGACACUGGCGAGUCGGAUCCGAUCCGCUCCAUUGCCGAGAUGUCGCGGCUGGUUUUGGAGCUGAAGGAGGCCCUGCACAACAUGUUCGAGUUUGGCGAGGGCAGCGACGGACGGCGGAGGGCACCUCUGGUUCUGGACCCCAACUACACACACGGUUACGUGGCCAUCCUGCGACAAGAGGAAGCGACGGUGGCAAGCGGGCGUUUGCUGCAGCACGUCCUGCUGGCCAAGCUGGACCAAGAGCAUGCAGCCGUUGGUCAAGCUUUCGCACCGUUCGACAUUCUGUCCUGGAAGAAGGGGCGAGACACUCUCAGGCCCCUCGCCGAGGCUUUGGAGGUGCCGCUGGAAGACUUGACUAAGGAGUUCCUGGUGGCCAGGCGAACAGCCGAGCACUAUCAGAAGCGAGGUGACGUUACAAUUUGGGCCUCGACAAUGCGGCACUGGACAAGGCAGAAGAUGCCAAAUCUGGAUCGAGCGGUUGUCUACAUCUUGGCCACGUGGGCUUCCACUGCUGAGCUGGAGCACGGGUUCGCUCAGUACCGCUUGGUGGCCGAGGGAAUCAAGAAAUCCACCACCGAGGCCAACAUCUUUUCCCAGCUGAAGGUCCUGUCGGACUUCCCAUGUGCGGAUGCCGUGUGCAGACCGCUGGUUCAACGACAACAUGUGGACUAUGUCGCAACGGUGCAUGGCAACCGGACCCUGGUCAAAUUUCGGCAGAUGUUUGGCGGGGGCCGCAAUGUGAGGAAGUCCGACGUGCCGCGGAGGACACUCAAGGACCGUCGGAAGAAGACAGGCUUCAGGGCCUUCGAGCGGCGGCGGACGGAGCAGAAGCAGGCCAAGCACGAGGUGCCUGCGGAGUAUGCGAAAGAGCUGGAGCGGAAGAAGAAGAAGUCAGCGGACAAGAGGGCGACCCCAGAGCAGAGGACACUUCUGGAGAAGCUGCAAACAGACCGGGAGCAGAAGGUCAAGGCCUGGCAGGGCCGCUUGCCUAGCGACGGCAAGAAGCUGAGUGACCAGCUGCGGCUCGCUUGCAAUCCAGUCACAGUCAGCCAUGUCCAUGGUUUAAAUCAUCUGAUGUGCGUGGUGUCCAGGAAGACACGGUCAGAGAGAGACAAGAACAUCAGCGAGAUGGAGUCUCGCAUGCUGACCGACGAGAACGUUCUCCAUGGCAAGUCGGUGAGCAUCCUAAUGGCCACCGAAAGCAGCAGACACUCAGAGACAGUGAAUGCACUGUCGCACCUGCCAUCGAUGACUGUCCGCUUCUUCGAUGACGUGCUGGAGGUCGGGUUGGGAGAACUCUUGGCCGGCGACGUGAACGUGAUCUGGGUGUUCCUGUCGCCGGGCCACCAUGCUUCCUUUACUAACCCAGAAGGAGUGGGUGCUGCGAUCGCCUGGUGCCCAAAGAAAGACGAUAAGGAACUGGAGCGGGCUUUCGACUCGGCUCGGAGGCAUUUGGCCCCUCGGCUGAUUGGUGGUUUCGUGGCCGGCCCGAGUUGGCUGGCGCUGCAUCUGAGCGGCGACAGAGCGACGGUUCGUCGCCCCGUGUUGCAGCUCCAGCCGGGAUUGUGGAGGGACUUGGAAGUGGUGCUGAAGCUGCGGCUUGACUGGACGGGUGUUGCAGUUCUGAUUUGA